AUGAGCACAGAAAGCAUGAUCCGCGACGUGGAACUGGCAGAGGAGGCACUCCCCAAAAAGGCGUGGGGCUCCCAGAACUCCAGUCGCUGCCUGUGCCUCAGCCUCUUCUCCUUCCUGCUUGUGGCAGGGGCCACCACGCUCUUCUGUCUGCUGAACUUCGGAGUGAUCGGCCCCCAAAGGGAAGAGAAGUUCCCAAACAACCUCCCUAUCAUCGGCUCCAUGGCUCAGACCCUCACCCUCAGGUCAUCUUCUCAAAAUUCGAGUGACAAACCUGUAGCCCACGUUGUAGCAAACCACCAAGUGGAGGAGCAGCUGGAAUGGCUGAGCCAGCGUGCCAAUGCCCUCCUGGCCAACGGCAUGGAUCUCAAAGACAACCAGCUGGUGAUACCCGCAGAUGGACUGUACCUCGUCUACUCCCAGGUUCUCUUCAAGGGCCAAGGCUGCCCCAGCUACGUGCUCCUCACCCACACCGUCAGCCGCAUUGCUGUCUCCUACGAGGACAAAGUCAAUCUCCUGUCUGCCAUCAAGAGCCCCUGCCCCAAGGAAACCCCUGAGGGGGCUGAGCUCAAGCCCUGGUAUGAGCCCAUCUACCUGGGAGGGGUCUUCCAGCUGGAGAAGGGCGACCGACUCAGUGCUGAGGUCAACCUGCCCAAAUAUUUAGACUUUGCAGAGUCUGGGCAGGUCUACUUUGGUGUCAUAGCUCUGUGA